UGAAAAUCUGAAGAUUAGACGCCCGGUGUUUUGGGUUAUCCAUGCCACUGAAGGAUCCGUCCAACUCGACCGCCAUGAAACCAGCAGUGGACGAGAUGUUUCCGGAGGGAGCCGGGCCGUACAUGGACCUGGACGAGGCUGGGGGAAGCACAGGACUGCUGAUGGACCUGGCUGCCAAUGAAAAGGCAGUUCAUGCAGACUUCUUCAAUGAUUAUGAGGAUUUGUUUGAUGAUGACGACAUCCAGUGACUUGAGGCUAAAAUGUCUUCACAGUAAAGAUGGAUGAUAUUCGCACCACUCUGAACCUUUUAUUUUUUCCUCAACCUUUUUUUUUUUUGUGUGUGGAAAGCAAACCACCCAUUUUCUGUCUAAUGACAUACAAUUUCCUUUCAUAGUCGUUCUAGUUUGAGGCUUUUUAAAGCAUCCUUAAAAAGUCGACACAGGCUCCAGAUGUUGUGAAAUUCUCAAGAUCCCAAGGAUUCCUUCAUAUAUGGUAUGUUUAAAUUAUGAGCUUGUAUCGUGCUCAUGUCUCAGACUGUUUCUGAACUGGAUUGCAGGUUUCAGAGUGCAGGAGAACACCUGUUAGAAGUGUAAUUACACCUAUGAUGGGCAGAGGCUCCUAUUGCUGUCGCCAUGCAUGCUGCAGGUGGCAUAUGAUAAAUGGUCUGUUACAAUGGCUUAAACUAUUCGAAUGACAGUAUGUGUUAGACUCACAUUCUGCAGUGGGUUAUGUAAUGUCAUAAUGUGUUCGUAUGUGUACAGUAGUAAUGCAUCCAUUGUUGUAUUUUUGUGAUAUAUUCUAUUUGUGACACUGUUUAAACAUGUAUAAAUAGUAUUUUGAAUUUA